ACAGAUCAUCAUUUCAGAACAAAUGGGAACAAGCGAUUCGAAGAGGCGGGCAUCCCGAAUUCCUAUUACUCUAAAAAUAGGCCUACCAUGAGCAAGGAACAGUUUUGCGAGUGAGCCAGUCGAUAAAGUUAUCCGAACCUCUACAAAUCAGCAUUUCAUCAUCUUUAUUAGUGCAUUAUUUAUUCAAAUUGGAUAUGCCAUAACAAUGGAACUUAACGUUGAACUAUUACUGGCAGUAUUUUCAUGGAUAUUCUUCAUCAAUAAUUAUGUACUGUCGUGUGACGAUGGAUGCGCAACGGAAGGACAGAAUUAUAUCCCAAUAGAGGAGGUUCCGGAGCGGAUGGUAUUAUUUCAAUAUCACCCGAUUAAAGUUGGACAUGUGAGAUAUAUUGAGAUCGAACCAGGCAGAUAUGUCCAGAUGAAAACACUUGCAAUGCAUCCACCCAUAUUUGAAAUACCAAAAUUUUUGACUCACGAAGAAACUACCUACAUCAAACGAGUGGCUUCCGAAAGCGGGCUUGAAACUAGUAGAACUGCCUUUAAAGGAUCCCUAACGAACAAUAAUGGAGAUUCAUUGAUGUCCCAUGCUCAUUUACACGGUUAUAACGAGACAUUUUGGAAGGACAAACUAUCGAUUUGCGAUACGGACAACGAUCUCCUGCUCGAUCAGGCCGAAGCGUUACGAUGUCUACCCGAUCUCCGUCGGCAGAACGUGUCGGAAGCAAUGCUGGAUCUAAUGAUGGGCGAUUUGCAGCUCGACUAUGAUUCGGACGCUCGGUUCGACGCGAAGGAAUUGUGGAGAGUUUCGGAAGUGCCGAGCGUUGCCGAAGAUAUCCGAACAUGGCUGGAGAGGUGGAGGAGAGAAGGGGAGGAAGGGAGGAUGGUCAAGAAAUGGAAAGGGAGGACUAGAGUCAGUGAUCAGACCUGGAUAAGCUCUAAUACCCAACGUGGACAUCCUCUUCAAAACAUCCAACAAAGGAUUGUCGCACUUACAAGACUUUCUCCAGAAAUAGUGCAGACGAGCGAAUCAAUGCAAGUAAGAAAUUACUCAUAAACUUUAUGCAUUCUUUCACGAUAUAUACACACACAGAAUGCCCUGAAAAUAAUUUAACAUCAAUACGAAGAAUAAACAAGGGGUAAACAUAUUUUCAAAAUGUAAUAAUUUUUUUUCAGCAAACCUGCUAGUAUGCUGGAUUUAAAAUGAUAAAAUUGGAUUAUAGGUAUAUAGUCAAACCAAAGGAAAAUUGUACAUCAAGAUUUUUACUUGGCUUUUAACUUUAUGUUCCACUUUUGUGAGAUUGAUGUUUCUUAAUUUGAUUAUUAUCAUAAUGUUUUCUUGCUUUCCUUUUUUUUAUGGAGCGGUAAAACUUGAAAAAAAAAUAUAAAUGACAAUAAUUUUCUCAUUAGUUUGGUAGU